ACCAACCAAUCCCAAGGCAGCACCCCUGACCCACAACCCCACCACCUCACCACCUUAUAACCCAUCUCCCGUGAACCUCCCCUCUCCACUUGUAAAAAGUAUCCUAAAAAUCACACCAGCCAUAGACCUCCACACCCCCGCGGGCGAGGUCCUACCGGACCUCCUCGGGGCAGCUGUGUCUAUGUCCCAUCCUGAUCAUGCACCACCACCACCACAACCACCCCCACCUCAUCCCUUUCCACCACCGCGAGAAAAGCUACAAGCACUAGAAUCACCACAACCUUCGGCGCCGAUGAUUAUGAUGAUGCCACCUCUGCUUCCGCUUUAUAAGCAGCGAUCGUGGUCCCCAGACAUUUUCCGUGAUGACGCAUGGCUUAGAAGGAAGGGAAACAGCAAGAACAGGAGAAGCAAGAGCGUGACAGACGAAGACCUUGAUGAACUCAAGGCUUGUAUUGAGUUGGGGUUCGGGUUUGACUCCCCUGAGGUGGAUCAACGUUUGGCUGAUACUUUGCCUGCUCUGGGUCUUUAUUAUGCUGUUAACAAAAACUAUAACGGCACCCUCUCAAAGUCUGUGUCAUCUCCUUCAGCUGCAUCGGAUUGUGAUAGUAUUCCCUCCCCUAUUGGCAGCCCUCACGCCAUCUUUGGCCCUGGUGAUAAUCCACAGACGGUGAAGACAAGGCUGAAACAAUGGGCGCAAGUGGUUGCUUGUUCGGUGAGGCAAAGCUCAUGAUGAGGAUGAUGGAUGGAUGUGUCCCAUAACUUGAUAUGAUCAUCAGGGUUUCAGGUUAUUUAUUGAGAAAUCAAAACAAAAAAUCAGGGUUGUCAUCAAUGUAACCAAAUAUCAACAAACAACAACUUGUUUGAUAUGAUUACCCUACCCACUUGCUUUUGUUCGGUUAGAAAUUAAAGAAAAUCAAUGUGAAAAAUCCCCAAGUUAAAUAGAAAAAAGAAAAAAGACAAAACAAGAACAGCUACUAUUAGAUUGCCUUUUCUUACUGUAAUCAGUCAAUUUUGCAUUGCUGUCAAUGUUAAUUUUUUUUUUUAACUUUACCCA